UUUAUAUUUUUAAUAAUUUUGUCCGAAAACGGGAGGGGUCUCAGUAUACAACAUCUAUAAAUGAACGAACAAGAACCACAAAUAGACCUCAAAACGAUAUUCUUUUGCAAGAAGAAGACAUUAAUUUACAGCCGACUUCAGGCCCAACGAAACUGCGAAAAUAUUUGACCAACUAUUUUAUAAAACCACGUGUUGCUCGUCCUUAGCAAAAUAAAUAUUGUUAUUAGUGUAUUUGCACCAAAAUAAAAUAUUAAAACAACCUCAAUUAGCAUUAAAUAAAACAUUAUUUGUUUGCAAAUGUGUUUUAAAUUAAUUAAUAGUAUAUUGUAUACCUAGUAGGAAAAGCUUAAUAAGCCGAGACUGGCAAUACGGAGUCCGGGAAUGUGGCUUUUCCUACGAGGUCUACAUACUAUUUUUCCGAAAAUCGGGAAUCAUUAAAAUUACGGUAAAUUAUUACUAAUCAUGUUAAAAAUUUUAAAUCAACAUUAUUAUUUUUUCCUUAAAUAAAAGAAGCCAUGAAACAUUGUUUCGUAACUACGAAAACGAAGUACAUAAUUUGAAAUUGUCAAACUUGACGAGUGAAAAGUUUAUUUGUGGCGUCUUUCCAAAGUAUUGAUUUUUUAACGUUUUAAAAAGCCAAAGUAACGUGUAAAAUGAUGAGUGAUGAUGACUGUUCCAUUUCUGGAACCCCCCCAGAACUCACGGAGGCAGUGAAUGCUGCAUCAUUGGAAUUGUUACCAGUAAAAUCUAGAAAUAAGUAUAACUAUGCAUACAACCGCUUCAUGGACUACCGUACGAAUAAAAAUGUAACUUCUUUCUCGGAAAAUGUUGUAAUGGCAUACUUCUUGGAGCUUGGUUCCAAGAUGAAAUCUUCAACUUUAUGGGCCAAUUAUUCAAUGCUGAAGGCAACCCUUGCAAUUAGACAUGAUGUGGAUAUAUCUAAAUAUUCAAAACUUCGGGCAUUCCUGAAACGGCAAGCACAUGCCUAUAAGCCAAAAAAAUCCAAGAUUUUAAGUAAAGAAGAAAUAAAGAAAUUUAUUCAGGAAGCUCCAGAUAAGGAAUAUUUAAUGAUUAAGGUAGCUGUAAUAUUUGGAAUUUCCGGAGCUUGCAGAAUGGACGAGCUGGUUAAAAUGACUGUACAAGAUAUACAAGACCUACUAUCUAAACUUUUAGUUACCAUACCGGAUUCAAAAACCAAUACAUCAAGAUCAUUUAUAGUAAACGAAAUGUACUUAAAUCUAUACCGCAAGUAUGUCUCUUUAAGACCAAGAGACAUGAAUACCACUCGGUUUUUUUUUAAGUACCAAAAUGAAAAAGGUUGUAGACAAGUAGUAGGAAUUCACCAAUUUAGAAACAUGCCUAAAAUAGUGGCCAGUUAUUUGAAUUUGCCAAACUCGAAAGAAUAUACCGGCCACUGUUUUCGUCGGUCUUCUGCCACAAUGCUUGUUGAUUCUGGUGGAGAUAUUACUAGUUUAAAGAGACUGGGUGGAUGGAAAUCAACAAACGUCGCUGAAGGAUAUAUAGAAGAGUCUCUUACUAAUAAGGAAGAAGUGGCAAAUAAAAUUUUCACAGCAGAAAAAAAUCAAGAAAGUAAAUCUAAUAUUUCUAAUACUGCAGUAACGUCCAAUAUUAGUUAUUGUCAUACAAAUAAAAUUAUUAGUUUGGAAAAUAUUCAACAAAAUAAUGCUAUUAGUUCCCAAGUUCUUCCAGUUUUCAAUACUUGUACUAAUUGUCAAAUAACAGUAAAUAUAACAAAUAAUAAGUAAUAAUUUUAAAAUAUAAUGUUAACCUU